AUGGUUCGUUGCCGAGUUCCCUUCCUGGAAAAGCGAGCCGAUCCUCCGCUCACCUUCCGUCUAAUAUCCCCCGUCCUAUCCGAUAUUUAUCCGUACUCCAACCGCCGCGAGUGGCGGCACCAGCUGGAGUCCCUGGCCGCGGCCGAGGUCGACAUCAUCGCCGUCAUGUUCUCUGUCGUCCUAUCCAAUCUCCGCCCGUACUCUAGCCGUCCGCCUCAAUCUCCGCCGCUUUCUUCGAUUUUUGUGAAAAAUUCGCACCAUAGGCCAUCAAACCAACUGCAAUCAUCUUCAAUCGGACUGUAA